GUUUUGUUGGUUUUUUUUUUGUCUUCCACAGUUGUGUCGUUUUUCUCUAACACCUUCAUCCAUCACCCGCCUCACCCCCACCUCUCCCCCUUUCACUGUGCGUAGAUGCCACAGGGUGAUGGUGGGGGGUUGGGGGUUGAGGAAGGUGAGGAUGCAGAUCUCCUCACAGGCAGCAUCCUGAAAAACUCCUCUGACAGCAGCUUCACCCGAGGAUACUCUUCAUCACACCCACACACACACCCUCCUCUUCCUCACCCUCCUCCCCCCUGCACACGACUCCUCUCCACUCGCUGCACAGUGAGACAGAGGGAGAGAGAGAGAGAGAGAGAGAGAGAGAGUCGUAGAGAGAGGAGGAGGAGGUGGGGCGAGCAAGGCUCAGUGCAGAGGAGAGGAGGAGGAGAGAGGAAGCAGCAGGAGGAGGAAGAGGAUGAUGAAGAUGGAGGCCAGUUUUGACACAGAGGAGAGUUUUGACGACCCGUCCUGUCUGGCCCCCCAGGCCCCCUCCUCACCCGCCAAGAGGACCAACGAGGUGAAGGAGACCAAAACGACUGUGAGUACACACACCUCCUUCAUCACCUCCAACAUCCUCAUCCUCCUCCUCUUCCUCUUCUUAAUCUUCUCUCAAAUGGACCCCACUUUCAUCUUCAUCAUCUUCAUUUCCAUCAUCCUCUUCCUCUUCUUUCAGUAUAUCAACGAGAACCUUCAUCCUCUUCUAUGUCUCCUCUUCUAAAGUUCUCAUCUCUGUUGUCUCCAGUCCCAGUGCAUUGUGGGCUGUGUGUGUGUGUGUGUGUGUGUGUGUGUGUGUGUGUGUGUGUGUGUGUGUGUGUGUCUGAUUCCGUCUUGUUUUCAGAAUCAGUGUUUCUCCUCCUCCUCCUCCUCUUCCUCACAGCUUCCACAGUGAGCCGCAGGGCAGAGCGGGUCACAGCAGGCUUGUUGGGAAUCGAACACUUUGUGCUUUUAGUUCAGAGUUGUGUCUCUGUGUGAUAAAGAGGAGGGAAAUAUAGCUUUAUCCUUAUCUUCAGACACGGACACAGGCUGUAGUUAUGUAAUAUGUCAUGAUGAUGAAGAUGAUGGUGAAAAUGAAGAAGAGGUGGGGUUGAGGCUGGCCAGCGUGCGUGUGUGUGUGUAAGUGUGUUUGAGUGUGUGUGUGAUAGGGGGCGGUCAGGUUUUUGUGGUCUAAACCCCCUCCCAGCAGCAGAGCGGUGAGGAUGCAGCAGGUCCAGUUUCCAUGGUGACGACAGCUAUAGCACAGAUCAAUAGGGGGGGACAGAGAAGGGGGGUGUUCACAGAAAACACAAUGAGAGAAGAAAUUCACAGAUUUUAUUGUUCCCAGUGGUGGUUUCACUUCAGGUGAAUCUCAGGUAUGAAGAAUCUUUUCUGCUCUUAAUCAGCUCCAAUUAACAGAAUCACAGAGAGGCUUUUAUUCUGAAAAGCAAAAAAGAAACAAGCACACACAUCUGUGGCAUUUCUGCUGCAUUUGAGAACAAACGCUCAGGUGAUAAAACCUGAAACACAAACAUGACGUCAACCCUCUUAGGUGUUGUUUUCUGUGUGUGUGUUUUCUGUGUGUUACACAACCUGCAUGGUUGUCAUGGAGAUGCUCACACCCACCACUGUGGAGAUGGACCCUUACGGGGUCACAUGACCCUCACACAGUCACAUGACAUGGCUGUGACCUUGUGCUCACCUUCAGUCUCACCUGCAACUCCAUCACAGUGUUUUAAUAUCAUGGAUUGAAAUUUAUUUUUGAUUUAUUUGAUUAUUGUGGAAAAUAUGCUUCUGUUUGACUUGUUGCUGCUUGUCAGACACAGAGGCUGUGUUUGUGUGUGUAUGUUUGUCUUAUUGUAUUAGUGAGAGCCAACCAAAAAAGGAUAUCCUUUCUUGUUUGGCUGUCUUGUUUGUGCAAAGUCCUGACAAAUAAAACACCUAAAUCAGUCCCAUUUGCAGUGAUGAAAGCUCUUAUGUAGAAGAGGCAUUUUUACUGUUACUUCCCUCCGAUCCAAGAUUCAUGUUUUUCACCAUUUGAGUGGAAAUUAUAGUCCACGAGUCCCAUUUCAAAACAUUGUCCUCACAUUAUGUCAAAAACAUACUUGUGUGUGUAGUGUUGCCUUAAAAUGAAACUCAUAUGGAUGUAAAAUUGUGUCUCUAAUCUUGUUCAGGCUUGGGCUUCAAGUGUUAACUAAAUGGGAACAUGUCCUCAAAAGUUGAAUUCUUGUCCUCCUUGCUGUCUAUGUGGUAAUGCUAUAAUGAAACAAUUUCUUUGUGCUGAAAUGCCACACAUAAAACAAAAGAUGUCAAAAUUCAAAAUUGAGAUGAAUGCUUGGCAUCACCCCAUUUGGUGUGUAGCCAAUAUCAAUCAAAGAAACUAAUAUGCAGUCUUACUAACAUUAGCUUCAUCAAUUCCUCUCACUGAGGACUUGUGCAGUUACACAAUAGUUUGUUUUUAUGAGAAACUUAAAUCAGUGGGUCCUGCCAUUUCAAAAAAAUCAUUAGACACAUCACAACUCUUUAACACAGAGCUUUUAAAAAGAAUUUGACUUGUAGUGUUGUGGACUGAAUUAAAAGGGGGCCUUUGUAUGGUCUCUCCUUUGAACACAGAUAACACAACCCUGUUUAACAGCACCAUAAUCUCUUUAUACACUUGUAAGUGUGUGUGUGUGUUUGUUUUUGUUUACUUGUGAGGACAAACCAUUGGUGGACAACAUUUCAUGUGAGGGUCUUCACGCUUGUGUGAAUAUUUUGCAAAGUCCACACAAAUAAAUAACUUGGAUGAGUAUUUUUGGUCCUAAUGAAUGUUUCGUAAUUUGAAGUGAUAUUUUAAUAUUUAAUAUUAUAUUUAUUUAUUUAUAUUUAUAUUUUUCCUCCAAUUUCUAAUGAUGGCAGAUUAUUUUGAUCAACAAUUACAGCUUGAACAGAAAAUGUUGUCUACAUGGAAUUUAUGGAAUGAUGUCCCAAGGAUAAGGAUAAAACGUGUGUGUGUGUGUGUGUGUGUGUGUGUGUGUGUGUGUGUGUGUGUGUGUACUCUCUAUAGUUGUCUAUCUGUACUUCUGAGGACCAACAAUGGAUGGACAACCUCUCUUUAUUUGUGUUGAUAUAUGACAUAGUUAUCAGAAAUAAGAUUUUGGAUGAGUCUGUUAGGUCCAUGUAAAUGUUUUUUUUUUUUUAUUCAAAGGGAUAUAUUAAUGCUCUGCUUUGAUCUUUAACUCAUUUGCCCAGCAUUUUAGCUUCAACAAAAGAGGAAGUCCUCAGAGAACUCAUAGAACGCUGUCCCUGCAAAUCAUGAUAGAUGGGUGUGGGUGUGUGUAUAAUUGUGUGCAUAUGUCUGAGCUGUCUGUCAGCGAUUGUUAUGGUGGGACACAAUGAGACUUUUUGAUUGAUCAGUGGGAGGAAGAAAAGAAACAGAGGAAGACUAAGGCUGUUUGUUUCUGAUUGUUUUCUGUGUGCUUGUGUGUGUGACUGAAUUUGUGAAUGUGGGUAUGUAUGUAAGAUAAUUUGUUGCUUAGCAACAGCAGCAGAGUCCCCUACAGUCUGCUGAAACGUUUGACUCAUAAACAUCAGUCACAUCAAAACUCACAUUUCAUCUUCCAUCCAUCCUGCGGUGUUCAUUGUCUCUGGGUAAAAGAUAGUUAAACUCAAUCAAACAAAUAAACAAGCAGAGACAGCAGAUCUCACACUGAAAUUAUAUCUCUGGUCAGUCUCAGUGUUUGAUGACAAAGAAGGAACGAAAUGUUCCAAAAGAUCACCCCCCCACACACACACCCCUUCCCCCAAACAGCGAGCGAUGUAAUGGUAAAUCUGUUGGUCGUGAUGAUCGGUUACCCAAGAUGGAGAAAAUUAACAUAUAAAGAGUUUACAUAAAUCACUGCAGGGAUCACAUGUUCAUGCCUGUAUAUGUUUUAGCAGAACCAUGUUUUUGUGGAGGGUUUUGUGAAUGUUUUUAGGUGUCCGUGUUUUAGUGUGACCUUCUGCAGUCAUUGAAGAUGAAGGUCAGAGUGUUUGUAGUUUUCAUUGAAAAAGACCAAAUUCCCCCACCAGUCAUCUUAUUGUAACAUCAAACUCAGUGUGUUAAAUAUUUUCAUCAUGUCUGACUGCUGUGUUAAAGGCUUUACAUUGUGUAAAUCUUAAUAAUUUUACAAGCAGUUUAAUUCACAGCUGCCCAACUGAGAAGCAGUCACAUACACAGAGGAUAGAGAAGGUGGAGAGCUCUGGUGUGGAGGGAAAUAGUGUUGGAGGGACCCAUAAAGAUUAAUAAAAAAGGAAUGGCUGUCAAUGUGGGGUAAGGGCCCCUUAAAGAAUGCAUCUCCCGGUGGCCCAUUAUUUUGUGCAAUGCCCUUGGAGAGUGGUUGUAAAUUUCAUGAAAAAAUGUGUUUGACAACCUGGCUAGCAUUAAACACAGCCAGUAUUAGCAUUCAGUCACUUCCUUGUUGACAGUUAUGAGAAAAACAUCACAGAUACGAUGCAAAAGCAAGUCAAGUGAUUAUUCAUAGAUGACAACUUUGGAAGUGCUAAUGUUUAUGUUGGUGUCACGUUAGGUAGUCAGCGAUAUAUUUGUAUGUCCAAGGAGCUUACUUUCACAACUACCUGUCCAGUAGCUGGAUCCUUUUAAAUCCUUUUUUUUUCUGGAUAUUGGCAAAGAAAGUAAUCAGCGUAAUUGCUGGUGCACAAGUAAGAUCUCUUAGUGUCAUAGUUUGAGGAGUGAUCCUGUUUUCUGGUAUCUUUUGGGCAAAUGCUUGGGUAGUUGUAAUAGUAGAAACAGUUUACUGGGUCACCCAUCUGCACAAUACUUAACACUGUUCCUGAAAACAAACAUCAGUAGCGCUUCCAAAGUAUUCCUGAGUAAAAUGAUAGAUUUGUUUCUCCUGACAUCUUUGUUAAUUUGGAAGUGGCUAAAUGGUAAUGUAAGCAACGCUCAGAUGUCAAUUAAGGACUGAUGUCAGAUUUUUGUUAUCAAGUCUUCACGAUUAUGAGAUUAUCAAGGUUUGUACUAUUUACAACCUUAAAUACAACAGUAGGACCUGGUAAGGAUCAAGCUUGUCAUACUGAGCAUAACAUUACAAGGAGAUUUCAAGGAAUAUGAGCCAUUCAGUUAAAGAAAUUUUGAUCCAGCUUUAGUGCAUUGAUAAUAAUGAUGAUAUGUAUGAUGAUGAUGAUGAUGAUGAGGCUGAUCAUGAGGAGGAUGAGAUUGAUAAUUUGAUUUUUAAAACCAAACCUCUAUUACCCAACCGUCCUCUGUCUGUGGAUGAGAUUGAUGAGAAGAGAAGGAUGAUGAGGUGGGAAAAGAGGAGAAUGAUGACAAUAAAGACACUAAUGAUGAAAGUAAUUAGGAUUACGAAUAUGAAGGUGAUGAUAAUGAAGAAAGAUCAAGAAAAGAACAGAAAUGAUAAAAGUUAUGAAAUGGUGAAGAUGAGAGGUAUAGAGGAUGAGAUUAAAGAGGGCAUAAAUGUGAUGUGAUGAUGUGUUUAUGAGUUUAUCCUUUCUGACAAAUAACUACAAAAAUACGAUAAUUGCUCAUGCAGCUUUGGCUUGUGUGUGUGUGUGUGUGUGUGUGUGUGUGUGUGUGUGUGUGUGUGUGUGUGUGUGUGUGUGUGUGUGUGUGUGUGUGUGUGUGAUGACACAGAUGGUGAUAUUACAUAAUAACAGCCUGAGAGAAAGUGGAGUCUCUGUGGAUUCAGACUGAGUGAACACAUGUUCUUAUGACUACUAAGUGUGUGUGUGUGUGUGUGUGUGUGUGUGUGCCCAAUACAAGAAAAAUAAAUCCCUCUCUUUCUCUUCCUUUCUCUCCCUCGCUCUUUUCUUGUUGUCCUCAGAUAAACGGAGUGACGUUUCCACUUCCUGGUGAGGGUCCAGAGCAGCAGCUGCUGAAACCAAACGAAUGGAGUUACUGUGAUUAUUUCUGGGUCAGUUCUCCUCUUUUAACUCUUAUUACAAACACAAGUACAUCCUGCUUAACUGAGCUGUGGCAUUUUAGUUUGUCCAACACAUUGGUCCUUAUGUGGCUAAUAUCCAUCUCAGAUAAUCAGAUCAAAAGUGGACAGCUUCAGCGAGUUCCUAUACUUGAAGAUAUGCCACAGACAGAUUGAGAUCAGAUGAUUCAGACCUCUUAGGAUGCAUAUGUCCACAUUGGUCUGGCAGUGUGUAAGCUCAUGUGUCCCCAGGCCACUAUAAGGACCGCCCCCUCUCCUCGUAUCCUUGGCAUCAAUCAGUAACAGGCCACCUUCUUCUCUUAUUUGAUUGCUAUAAUAAUUCACUUGAGAAUCCUUAUUAUGUAACUCCACACUUGUUGAGGUAGGUAUGCACAGAAAUGUCCAUACAUUAAGGGACUGCAUUUAAGGACACAGGUCCUGGUAAGCAAUCUGCUCUGUAUUUACACGCAUAGCCGGCUACAAUGCAUUUUUCAUAUCUUCUUGGGCCAUUAUCAACAGGAUUAGACAGCGUUUGUCACAAUGCAACAUGGUAAUAAUACUAAUAUUUCACAAAGACAAUCUGUAUGAUAACCACUCCAGACUAACUGUCUAUUGCUGUUUGAUAUUUAACAAGUCUCCAGUCUGCAGUGUGCUUUUUAUAUUUCACUGAUCAUUCAAAGACCGUUAUCUAGACCAGUUUCAAACCAUGAUCCACCUCUGCUGCUUGGUCGUGUGUUACGCCCACCUACUUUGGGUGUUGUUAGUCUGCAUUACUGUUUGUUAAAGAGUGUGUAUUGUGCUUUUUUCAGACUCUAUACUUCCUCCUGAUACCUCUUCAAUAGCUUUACAUAAUUUCCAGUAAAAAAAAGGCUCUUGUUUCUCACACUGGUGUAUUAAAAUAGAUGACAAAUAUUUCAGCCUCUGUCUGAAAUGCUUCAUUUGAGCUGCUGUCUAUAUGAGUUGAUUGUUUCUUGGUCAAAGUGGUCAUGGCAUACAUAUUACAAAAUAUCCCCACCAUUUAAUGCCUUUCCGUUGCUCUAUAUGGGACCUUAACUUACCACAUGAACAUCAUACUAUAUUGAAUAAAGACCCAUAGAUGCAGACUGAGACCUCUAGCUCCUUACGAAAAUGUUUGCUAUGGAAAUAAACUAACUGAGAAUAUAAGCAUUUUGUCAUAGAUUUCUGUACAAUCAGUGGAGUGUCCUCCUGCUGGACAUUAAACAGAAUGCAGGGUCAAGGUUUUAUUACAUCCAAAUCUUCUGACGAAGCGUCUGUUAAAUGAACGAAAUAAAUACUGUAUACAGUCUGUAAUUCAAGCUGGAACAUCAUUAAAAUUAUCAAACUAAUCUCCACUAGACAGAAGUCUUUUAUAUUUCUGAAAAUGGUAUGUAAAAUUGUUGAUAUCCUGAUUAAAUGGGGGAAUUGUUCUGAGAAAAAAAUGGAGAAAAUCUGUUUUUAAAUUGUUGAUAAACUGUCAUCUGUGUGAUGUCACCCUCCUCUCCCUCAGACGGAUAAGAAGGACCCUCAGGGGGCGACGUCGGUGGUGGGCUUUGAGGUUCUGGUCCAAAAGCAGCUGAAGGGGAAACAGAUGCAGAAGGAGAUGUCUGAGUUUAUCCAUGAGAGGUAAAUAUUUGAUCUGUAAUAGGAGUUAAAGAAAGAGGAAAAAUCACAUUGAUAACUGAAUUCAUAAUCUGAACACACAUGGUCAAUUUUUUCAUCAUUGAUGUCAAUUUCUUGUGCAACAGUAAACAUGGCCCACAGUGGACAGGGAUUACAGUGGUCUGCAGUAAACAUAGUUGACUAUAUAUACUGAGAACGUCACUUACAACUAUGGCUGACUAUUAACAUGGUCUACAGUGAACAUAAGCAAUGGUUAACAUAGCUGAGAGUUCAUGGUUCAUGGCUGAUGCUUAUCAUAACACACUGUUAAAUUAGACAAAAAGUACACAUGGCUUACAGUCAACAGGUGACAGUUAAUAGUUAGUAGCAAAAAUGGCCUCAGAGAACAUGGCCCAUGGUAAACAUGGCUGACUGCAAACAUAGCUAACGGUGUGUUGCAUUUGCUGUAAAAGUUGAAUGUCGGUGCUGGGAAUAAUGCUGCGUUCAAGUUACCUCGGAAGUCAGAUGUCGGAGCUGAAAAUGACGUCAUACCCGAGUUAACCGCAUGUUAGUUACCCAGUCAGAAAAAAGCAAAAUCGGAGGCGGAGACAAGAUGGCUACAAUGGCUUGUUAUAUUCGGACAAGGCAAGCACUAAAAUAACAUUCGUAGAUGUAGCCAUCUUGUUUCCGCCUCCGAUUUUGCUUUUUUCUGACUGGGUAACUAACACGCUGUUAACUUGGGUGUGACGUCAUUUUCAGCUCCGACAUCUGACUUCCGAGGUAACUUGAACGCAGCACAAGAUCUGAGUUAACCCCAAGUUUCUGUGGCAAACAGAAAGCAUGGCUGACAACAUGAUAAAUCAACAUGGCCAACCAUUUGUAGGUUAAAAAUUUCAUGUUGAUUUAGAUGGAAUGCAUGUUGUGCAAAAACUGUACUGUACUGUAAAAAAGGCACUAAUUAAAUACAAACGUGGACAACAGAACCAAGUCCAGGAAAGUCACAAGCCAGCUACUCUCCUAGUUACACUCAGAGUUAAUGUCUUCCUCUGUGAUUUUUGAAAACUUAUUUUUGUCUGUGAGUGUUUUCAGGAAAUGUAGCUGUAUUUUUCCAUUGUCUUCAUCGAAGCAGUGUCUGUUCUGUGAUGAUCCUGUCAGCUCAGGUUUCAGCCUUUUUACUCCCGUCUUGUCUCUAUUUCAGGAUAAAGAUUGAAGAAGAGUACGCCAAAAAUCUGUCGAAGCUGUCUCUGAGCCCGCUGGCAGCUCAGGAGGAGGGGUGAGUAAAACAAAAUAACAAGGUCUUAUUUUGAUAAAAACUGUCAACAGAAGCAGGAGUGUGAAAAUAGAUUAUUUCCCAUGAUGCUUUACGAAGCUCAAAUCAAAGACUGUGGCACUCUUUGAUCACUGAAUCUAAAACUUCUAAUAUAGUGUUUAAAUAAUUUCAAGAUAAGUAUGAGUACAGCUUCUUAUGUCAGAAAAAAUGAAGCCAAAUAAUAAACAUUGUUUUUUAUAAAUGACUCUUUAUGUAGGACUCUGGGAGAAGCAUGGACGCAGCUAAAGAAGAGUCUUCAUGAUGAAGCUGAAGUACACCUAAAGUUCUCCAACAAGGUAAAAUAAACUUAAACUUUGACAGACUGCUUGUUCUUUAACAGGAAAUAUAAUCUCUAACAUUAAGUUUUUUAUAUUAUAAAUGGAGACAAUAUUCUGUUUAAAGUUUUCUGAAGUCACUCUUCUGAAUUAAAUCUUUGACUCAAAACAAAUGGUUGGUGUUUUGGUUAGCUGGUUGGUCAGUUGGUGUUCUGCCAUUUGGUUGGUUGGCUGGUUAGUUGUUUGGUUGAUGUUUUGAUAAGUAAGUUAAAGUUUUGGUUGGCUUGUUGGUUGGUUAGUUUUUCGAUUAGUUGAUUGGUUAAAAUGUCACCAGACUGAUUAAUAAAUGACUUUUUUGACUAAAUGGUGGUUGGUUCACUGAUGGAUGAAUAUGGAUGAGAAUGUAGACUGAUUGGCUGUUUGACUGAUUGAUAAAGAUUUGUUUAUUUAUUUACAGAUUGAUUGACAGACAGACUAAUAAACCAGUAGAUAGAUAGUUCAUGGGUAAGUUACCUGUGUUCACCUGCAUGAACAGACUGGCUUUAUCCACUGGAGGGCAGCAGAGACAUCUAAGAGACCAACUUUUUCUGAUUUGUUUCUGAUGAGUCCAUUAGAGGUUUAAUAAAACAAGCACUGGAAAUUUAUCAUCCACUCUCUUUCACUGAAUCAACUGUUUAUUAAUUUUUCAUUCAGCUAAACAGAUUAACAGCUGUGUGAAUGAUUUAUUUCACUGACAAAAUAUUAGAUUAAUAAUACUUUGAAAUAAUCUGACCUCCAGCUACACUCUGAGGUGGAGAAACCUCUGCUGACGUUCAGAGGAGACGGCUUCAAAAAGGACCUGAAGAAGUACGAACAUCAACUGGCUGACCUCAGGAAGCAGCUGACCAGCCGCUACGCAGGUGUGGAAAAGGUACUCUGUCUGAAAUAUCAAUUAAGUGCCAGAUUAUUAUCUCAAAUACUAACAUCAUAAUCCUAAAGAUUGUUCUCCUUUAUGGAACAGACUCACUGACCAUCUGUUAUAGUUUUUACCAACCUGAAGAGACAUAAAAACCUGUUUAAAAUCAGACGGAUCCUAAAAGAAGAUCUGCUGUUACAGAUUUAACAUCAGUGGAUCAUCAAACACAUACACACCAACACAGACACAUGAAAUUAAAAAUAGAUGUGAGAAUACUUUAAUCUGUCUGUUGAUUCAUCAUCGGAUAUUCAACCUAAAAUAAACCACUUCUGAAGUUAUUUUUAUUAGGUCCUUCUGCAUUAAAAAAAAAAAAGUUUGAUCAUAAGCGUCUGCUGGGAUCUUAAGUCAAACACUUACAUACUCAUCACAGACCGAAACAAACACCUCAUUUGUAACAGAUUAUCAUAUUUCUGUCUGAAGUGUUCUGAUAAUUUGGUUAUCUAACUCUGAUAAUAUUGUUACACAUAAAUUUUAACCUGCAUCACCCCUCUGUAGUUCGUAAUGGACUGGCCUGAGGUCUCGCUACAAACAAGUGGCUGCUGGAAGAGAUUAGAUGAGUUGUGUUUACUAAAGAAAUUAGGCAAAUCAAAAAAGAUGUUAGGCUAGUGCUGUGGCUAGGACCCUAUAUGUACUGUUGAUAAAGUUAGGUGCUGUUCUGAGCAUUAUUUGUGGCUAUAGAGUGGCGUUUUGGUUGACGUUAGUUUAUGGCGCAUGAGACCACUGUGUAUUGCUCUUGUGCGGUCAUUACUCAAGUUGUUAUAACUGGAGAAGCAAACGGUCGGCAACAAUCACCUCUCGAGGGGGUGUCUAACUCUUAGUUACGAUGUGUUUGACCCUAAAUUAAUUUUACGUGUGAAUAUCCCUUUAACAGUGUAGAACCCGGCCUCUGCAGUCAACUAUCUUAUUUGAUCUAGUGUGCAAAGAAUCAUGGGAUAAGUUGAACCUGAAAGGAUGUCCCCUCACGUAUUCUCAACAGCCUAGAAGAAGUAGGACACAUUGACAGGAGCUUUGACCCGCUGAUGCAACACAAUCAGUCCUCAAAUGCUCCCUUUGGUGUUGCAACACAGCUGUGAGCGUGAGUGUGUGUGUGUGUGAGUGAGUGGUAUGUGGUGUGUGUGUAAGAGAAAGUGUAGGUGACUGUGUGUGUGUGUGUGUGUGUGUGUGUGUGUGUGUGUGUGUGUGUGUGUGUGUGUGUGUGUGUGUGUGUGUGUGUCAGAGUUGAGAAUACUCUGACUUUAUCCUGUCAAAACAGAGAAGAGGAAAGUGAAUAAAAAGGAUUAAAGAUAGAUUAAAGGUGACAGUAUUACACGAAGGUACACUUAAUCUGAGGAUUACUCACUCUGUGUGUGUGUGUGUGUGUGUGUGUGUGUGUGUGUGUGUGUGUGUGUGUGUGUGUGUGUGUGUGUGUUCAGGCUCGUAAAGCUCUUGCAGACAGACAGAAGGAUCUGGAUUUGAAGACUCAGCAGCUGGAGGUCAAACUGAGCAACAAGACGGAGGAGGACAUCAAGAAGGCCCGCAGGAAAUCCACACAGGCAGGUCAGGGGUCAAAGGUCACCACACACAGGCAGGUUAAGGGUCAGAGAUCACAUUGUUUAAUGAGCGCCAAUCACAGCUCUGUAGUCAAACACUUACGCCACCCUGUGCAUCUAUAAAGAGAGAAAGUAACCUGCUCUGAUUUCGUAGUGAAGCACAGAUAAGCUGAUCUGUAGAUGUUGAAAAACUUUCAAGUAAAACCAAAAGAAAUAGAGAUCAUUUAAAAAAGUAUUUUGCAUGUGUAUAUGAAUUUACAGUAACUACAGACGGUGUAUACUGUGUGCUUCUUAAAGAGUCUUUCUCUCUAAAUCUGCUGCUUAGCCAGCAGAUUAACCCAGUAGAAAAGAUUUAACAUGCUAAUUCAAUUUAAAUUCAAGUUUGAACUGUCUGAGAUACAUUGUGUCCCAGAAAAGUAUCUGAUGGAGGUUCAGAAAAAGGUUUAACUCCAGAAAGAAAACACAUACAUAGUUUUAGAACAUAUUUCCUUUAGUAGCAUCUCCUCAUGUCUGAUUAUAUUUUUGCUCUUUUGUACUAAAGCUAUUAAUAUUUGAUCCAUUUGAAACAGGGGCUUGAUACUUUAGAAAAUUUUGAUCGCCCUCUGCUGGACAGUCAGAGUUAAUGCAACAUAUUACACAAUGAGCUGAACAAGACAGUCAACUCUUUAAAAAAUACACCCAUAUAUUGAUAAAUAAACACAUGUUGCUAUAUAGACACACAAUGAGUAAUAAAAACAUGAUUGUUAGUAAGUCAGUGCUGAUCUUAAUAAUUUCAUUGGAAUGUCCUUUUUUGUCAUCUUUCUUUUUUUUUUAUCUUAUAAUUCGAUAUGUUUUAUGUCUAAGGUUUUAUUUGUUAUGUUUCUGUUAUGCUACCUUUAAAUGUUGUCAAUACUCUAUGUGUAACUAUGUAAGAUAAACUCUAUUGUUGUUGCUGUGUUGACCUUUGACCUCUCCCUCAUGUUGCCUAGGGGACGACCUGAUGCGCUGCAUCGAUCUCUACAACCAAACCCAGUCGAAGUGGUUUGAAGAAAUGGUGACAAGCAGCAUGGUGAUUAUUUUACUUCGUCUUGGUCAUCUUUGACUUCAUCAACCAUCAUCCUCAUCAAUAAAGAGGUUUAGGAGUGAGAAUAUGUAACAGUAAGAUGGAAACGCACCCUUGCUCAACCCUACUGUUGGUGAAGCUCUACAGGCAACGGUGGCCUACAAGGACAAGAAGCUCUUGUGAUGCAUUUUAACCAUCAAAAACUUCUUUCACAUUAUUUUGUGCACAGCAGCCACCCUCUUCUACUUCCUCUUCUUUUUCUUUUGAUUGUUGGUGUUGUUAUUGUUCUUCUUCUUCUUAUUAUUAUUAUUAUUAUUAUUAGUAGUAGUAGUAGUAGUAGUAGUAGUAGUAGUAGUAGUAGUAUUCCUUAACCAAUUGGCUCUUUUCAUAAGGAAACAUAUAUAUCCUUUACUAGCUUUUCUUCUCUGUGCUACUGGAGAAACAUGGCAGAGCAAGAUGACACUUUGCUGAGAUGCUGAGUGACAACUGUUUCCAGUUUAGAGAUCAGAAUAAAUUUCCUUUUGGGAAUCAAUGAAGUUCUUGUAUUGUAUCGAUAAUAUGGUUAAAUAAUGAGGAGGCAGUGACCUGCAGCAUGUUGAUUGAUAAUAAUCAUAAUGUUAGAUAAUGAUAGAGUGACCUUUUUAAGCCGGUUUAACAUUAUUUCCUUUGUUUAUGGUUUAUAGGAGCUGGAGAAACUGGAGGUGGAGCGCAUCGAGUGGAUUCAGCAGCAUUUACGUCAAUACACAACUCUGAGACAUGAAACAGACAUGUUCAACCAGAGUGUGAGUUUAACUUUAUAUUCAAUGUCUUUAUCAUCAUUUUUGAUAAGAAUAUACAAAAUUAAAGUUCUCCCAUAUUUAAGUCAAACUUUGAUUUAGAUGAUUUAACUUCAUAAAGCUGAUUUUAAGUCCUUUACCUACUGUGACAAUUUAAUCUAAUUUUCCAAUUAAUCACUUAUCAGUUUAUUUAUUGAAAAUAGACAAAUCAUGUGAUAAUUAUCUAACACACAAACAUACACAAAUUGAGAUUUGGGAGCUACUUCAGGUAAGCAACUUGACCGGCACUGAUUUCACAUGAUAUUUACACAAUCACAGCCACUUAUGUUUGACCAUUUUAAAUAUAUUUGGUGAACGAUGCUUAAUGACUUCAAAUCAAUCAAUCAGUCUUUAUUUAUAUAGCACUUUUCAUACACAACCAUGUCGCACAAAGUGCUUUACACAGACAAAGAAAUAAUAGAAACAAAGAAUACCCAAAUCUACCCCAAUCCCAUGAUCUAAAUGCAACAGGAAACAAACAGCUGAUGUUGAUUUUCACUGAUAUUGUCUCUGGUUCUUCAGACGGUGGAGCCGGUGGACCAGCUUCUGCAGAAUGUGGAUCCGGGCAAAGACAGAGAGCUGUGGGUGAAGGAGUAUAAAACAGGCGAGGUUCGACCUGUGGAUCUGGACAUUUAGACAAACUGACCUGGAAUCAGUCUGCAGCAUUUUAACAUGCAGAGCUUUCCGAUCAAACUGAUCCAGGGACAGUUCAGAGAUCUUCUCUGACAGAACAACUCGAGGAAAGGUUCUAACAUCAUCGUCUGAAAACAGAAACCAGUACCAGCAUGUUCCCCCUAAAUUAACCCUUACAUUGCCAUCAUUAGUUCACUGAAUGCCAUCUGACAUACUCUGCUGUUAAAAAGUUAAAUUAUCUGUAGUUGAAAAUUUUCACUCGAGCUUCGAUCCACAUUUUUCCGAUUUGUGGAAGCCAAACAAAAAAAGUGAUAAUUGAUAAAACUUUUAUUUUAGAUACUGAUACUGAAGCACAGUGAGAUCUCAGAAUGAAUAUGAUAUAUUUUCAUAUUUUGCUGAUUCAUUUUAGUGAAAUGUGCAUGUUUAAAUUUGUCGCUUUAACUGUUUACGAAGAGCUGCUCAGUUUGUGAACCAUGAUGGUUGUUUGAUGUUGAAAUUGAAGAAAGUAUUCUGCUUCAGAGACAGAAUAAAUAAUAAACCCUCUCGAAAACACAAAGAGAGAUUUUACAUGUACAGCGUUAAUACCCAGAAACCUCAGCAGUGAACACUCUCGGUGUUUGGAUGUGAAUCUGACCCCCGCUCUCGGUGGAUCAGGUUCAGGCCCGGGUUUGUGCUGGAUCAGUCCAGAGGAAAAAGGUGGAUUAAUCCCUCUGAAACACCUUUUAGUGCCUAACGGUGAAACACCUGGAAUGAUCAGUGUACAUUUGUACAGACAGGCUCCAUGUGUUUCAUGUUUCACGGCCUGUACCUGAGGCCACAGGUGUUUGUACUGUACCAUGUUGUGUGUUUAUUUUUGGUAAAUGUACAGAGAUUAACUUUAUGGUGGACGGGGAAAAGAGAAAACAUGCAGCAGAGGCAGAAAUCUAUGACAGAAUAUUAGGGCCACUUUGCAGGAAAAAGGGGGUGUUUCAUGGUUAAAGAUAUAAAUUUACAUGAAGAAGCAUUGAAUUUACAACAGUCAACUUUUGAAGUUCAACGAAGAGGUUUGCACUGAAGAAAAAUUGAGAAAGCUUAUUUUGUCGAGGUACUUUUUCCACAUUUCGAGCUGCCUCCACUGCUACGACACGAUGAAUGACAGUAAAUAUAAGGUCCACAGAGCACUUUAAAAAAGACCUAAAGGUCACUGCUCGGAGAAGCACAAGUUCUGUGGGGUGACUUUCAUGACCCAGCAACAGUACUCCAGUGAAAAACACUCUGAAAUAGAGGUUGCAAAUGCUGCUUGCACGUGAACAGCCCCUAGAAUCAUAAAUUUACUUGAAAAACCCAAUAACUCAAGCCCCGGGUGUUAUUUUGAAGAGGAAGAUCAGACCAGCAGCUAGUACUAAUUUAAUACGGUAACAUGUAGCCCCUUGUGGAGUUUCCCUUUGGCAUAGCUUUUUAACAUAAAGUAACAGUCAAUAUUUGAGCUUAUGAGCACCACUUUGUAAAAAUAUCAAGAUUUUCAAUCUAUUGUGCAGGAAACUGAAUCUGUUCGAGUGGAUGGGAGUGUAGUAGGCCCAUGCAGUCAGAGAGUGGUUCUGCAACCUGUUUGUUCUCAGCUAUUGAAUAUAAUGUCACAAGAUAAUCCAUGUUUCUCAUGAUGGCGGCUAGAUGCCCUUCUAAUGUCAUCCUAUUAGUUAUUUUAGUCUCCUCAAAGAUCAUCCAUAAUCACAGCUUCUUUACCAUGAAAUGACUCAAUUUCAUGAGUUAUUAAAUUUACCAUUCUGAGUUACUUAAUUUACCAUUGUAAACUUAUUUUACAUAUUUAUUGUUGUAAAUUUACAACUUUAUUAUAAGAGAUUUUUUUCUCUAAGUAAAGGACACUAAUCUGAUGAAUUAACAAGUCCACUAUUGUCAAACUUUGUUCUUGUUUAUUUUCAACUUUCCUGUAAAUUUGCAACUUUUCCUCAUGACUUUACAACUUUUAUAAUGUUAAAAAAAUCAGUUGAUUUUCGUAAAUUUACAUCUCUAUUCUCACUAUUCUACAUGGUUUCUUGUAAAUGUAUGACUUUAAUUUGAUGAAAUUUUAAAUAUAUCUUCGUUUUUUUUUUCACAAUUUUACUUUUUUUCUCAAAAAAUGUAUGAGAUGAAUCAGAUGAAUUCCCAAAUUCAUUUUUGUUAAUUUGCAGCUUUGUUCUUGUCUAUUUUGAACUCUUUCAUGUGAAAUUACAACUUUAACUUAAUAGAUAAAUGAGUUCAAAUAAGUUACUUUACCACUUCUUUUCUUACAACCUAAAUCUUGUAAAGGGCAAUUGCACAUCAACUUAACUCUUACUUGACGUAAACUUUACAAUGUAAAAUUUCAGCUUUAUUCUUGUGAAUAUAUGAUUCUGGAAAGUCUGGAAAAAUUGUCACAUAGUCUUGCAAAUUUACAACUUAAAAUUUAAAGGGUUAAUGAGAACAGACUGCAAAUGAACAUUAAUAUUUCUUUUUCAACAUUACAACUUCAUCCUUGAAGAACUUCCAUUUAAUUCCUUUUUUUCCCUAAAUGUGGCCCUAAUCCUGUGUCAUAGAAAUUCAACAAACUUAAAAAAAAAGAAGGUAAGGCUGUGAAUUCAUGAUAAUUAUGGUUUACAGAUUAAAACAUAUUUUAUGAUAGACUGCAUGUACAGUGUAUGUCUCUCUGUGUGUGUGAGUGUGUGUGUCUCUGUGUCUCUACAUUCUGUUGUGCUCUGUCUGUUCUGGAUUAUUUGGAUUAUUACCUUUUUGUGGACGUUCUUUUUUUUAUUUCACAAAAAAAAGCACGAAGCCAAUCAAAUAAAGAUUUCAGUGGUAAUCCUAAUCCAGCUGCCUGCUCUAAAAAAAACAAACUGCUUACCUGCCUUAUCUUACAUAAUGCUAAAGUGCAUUACACAGUGUUAAGUUGAUGAAAGUCUUUAUUUGUUGUGUGGGUGGAUGCAGCACAAACAGACUGUAAAGGCUCCAGGUUUAAUCAGUGUCAGUGUUGUGCUUUCAAUGUUUAAUAAGUUUCAAUUCAAUGUUCAGAUUCAGCAAUUUGAUGAUGAUGUGAGUUUGUUGAUGAACAUUUUCAUAACGUGCUUUAAAUCUGAUGUUUCCGUGUUUCCCAGCUGUUUUGACCAUACGUGACUUUCUGUCAGGCGUAUUCUGUGGAAUGCAGUGUCUACAAUAAAUCUCCUUUUAAAAUUAAA